AUGUCGGACGCCUCCAACGCUUCUGACGAGGAGGAGGAGUGUUCUCUGCUCUUGAAGAGCUUGGAAAAGAGCAACGAUGCUAUGGCUGUCUUUCUGGUUGCCACCAAGUGGAUUCCACGUUCUAUACACCCAUUUCUCAACCUGACAAGGGUCAUAUAUGCAGGGUUUCAGGAUGCUGAUGAAGUGGAUGUCACGGAAAUUGAAGAGCCCUUGGAGGAGGAACUGGCUGCCAACUCAUUGUUCAUGAAGCUAGUUCCCCAUUUUGAGAGGGUUUUGAAGGAGGUCGAUGUGCAACCCGGCUUGUUGCACAGUUUUAUCAAGAUGGUGUACCGUCAUAUCUUUACAAGCCCGUCAUCAGCUAUAGGCAAGGUUAGAAAAGGAACGAAGCCCAGCAAAGCUCAAAUCUAUGGUAUGAAAUGUGCUAGCGGUCGCACGAUCACAUAUGCUUGUGUUCAGACACGCUUCUUGCUGAGCAAUCUCAGUUCAUGGUCCACAGUUGAUGGCCACUUCGACCUUCAUGCAUUUUACAACAACAUUUUUUUGAAACAAAUCCACAUUCAUGUUGGGUCGUCGAAACGCUCAACUGGUGGAAUGCAUGCAGUCAUCGACGGACACUACGUGUGGCCGUACCGCUCAGUCCCAGUCUUCCACGCCAUCGCAGUUGAAGUCGCCUUGGCUACAUGCAAGAUGGUCCUCGCGGCCGCAGCCAUCAACACAACUCCUCCCACGCCUCCCACGCCACCACCAAUGACAACGAACCUUGCCAACACUCCCUCAGCAGGGAUGUCAACCGUCGUCGCUGCGAUCCCCCCACUUCGCCACCUCAAGAUGCACAUGCCAGCGUGCCCAAAGGGAGACAACCUCAUCGCAGGUCAAGUCCAGAUGACGAUGAUGACCGUUCACCAUGCGAUCUCGCACGGCCAUGCAAGGAACUGGUACCAUGCAAGGCCUAUCACCUGGGAUGUAAGCCAAGGUUCCAACCUUGGCCAUGGAAGGAGGGCUAACCUUUCAUGGCCUAUUGGCGACUCUCAUGGCCAUUUAUGGCCUUACGUGGAACCCGAACUUUUUCUGAUGUGGUUGAAGGCUUGCGGCGUGCAGACUUGGUGCAUCAUCUGGGAAUGGUACCAAACUCAGAAAGAGGGGGAAAGAGGGGCAGUGUUUGUUCAUGUCACAUGUGGAUUCUUGGAUUAUCUGGCAUCUGCUUUCACAUUUGUAUCCCAUAGUUUGACUUCUGUAUUCAAUCAUGAAGAACUAACCUCCGAAGGGCAAACAUCAUCACCUACCGAAUCACCAUCAGAGAUUUCAAACAGAAUCAAAGUCCAUGGCAUUGCUAUGAAUGGGGUUUCACUAUCAGGGGUUUCAAAUGAAUCACCAUCCCCCAUACCUUUAUCUAUGUUUAGCGGCGGGCAAGCUCGCCCAGUCCCCGACUCUCUUUUUUUAGCGAAAAAGAUCUCUAUGUAUAUUCCUACUCCUAAAUUGCACCCAAUUUUAUUACAACCUCACUCCUCACCAUCUCCUUCGAUCUGGCAUACCCCCCAUGCAUCCAGAAAGCACAAACACCCCACAUCCGUAACCACAUCCAACCUGCUAGAUAACAUUUUCUGCAAGACACAGCACUCAAUACAUAGAUCUCUAACUCUCCCUCAAUAG